UAAAGUCGUUUUAUAGUUUCAUCAACUUCCUCGGUUACAACGGGACGGUCGAAGUUGGGAACGAAUCCAUUCGAAAGCGCGCCUCCUGACAGCUACCUAGGUAAAUUACCUUAGCGUUACAGUUGCAAAAACCUCACCGUCGGGAUAUUCCAGGCAUACCUGACGUACCUGACAUAGGUAGGUAAAUAAGCCGCAACUCUUCUUCCAGCAAGGUUUCAGACGAUCUAUAAGAUACCCCCCCCCCAACCGUCUCGUACACGUAAUUCCUGUGAGCAACUCUCUUGAUUACAGCGUGCAGCAUUAAUUCAUGAUUCAACACGAAUGACGAUGCGGUGUUCCUGGCGUGUGGCUGUAGACUUGCGCGUCGAGGGCGUUGCGGCUAAAUCAAUAAUGGAUUUCCGGUCCCUGCUUGGUCGGUUUGGUCCAGAGAUAUUAGACCCAGAAGAAGAAACCUUCUUACUGUACUCCCAGGAUAUCCCAUCUCAGAAUUUGGGCUUCGUGGACCCUUAUGCGACCACGUUGGACCUUAACGUAGCUGGCAAGGACUACGUGAUUCAUCAAUCACCAACCAUCUUGAAUCGCCCGGGCAGCACCACAGGCGCUGUUGUAUGGAAAAUAACUCCGCUCGUUGCCGAUUGGUUAGCAGCAUCCGGUAAUCCCCUGUGGACCUCUGGGAUCUUAUCAUCCAGUUCCGACGUGCUGGAAUUGGGUUGUGGAAUCUCUGGCCUGGUAGGAUUGGUCCUUUCGCCAUUGGUAGCGAGGUACACCCUCACAGAUCAGUCCUACGUUGCGAAGCUAGUAGAGAAGAACAUUGAACAAAAUAGUCCCUUGAUAAACCCAAAACAAGUCAAGGCUACUACUUCUCAAAAGCGCAAAUCCAAGCCAUCAGCUGCCAGUCCUAGAACUGAGCUACGAUUCGUCCCCCUGGACUGGGAAUUAGAUGAGGUGACCCCGUCCCUUACAGGAACCGACAAGACCAAGAGCUUUGACCUCGUCGUUGCUUGCGAUUGUAUCUACAAUGACACGCUGAUCCAACCGUUGGUGCAGACCUGUGCUGAUGUAUGUAGAUUGAGAAGAUCGGACGAGAACGGUGCCGACAGGCCCGCCGUCUGUCUUGUCGCACAGCAACUCAGAGAUCCGGAAAUAUUCGAGGCGUGGAUAAAGGAGUUCAACAAGUAUUUCCGGACGUGGCGCAUCCCAGAUAACGCUUUAUCUGAGGGAUUACGGUCGAACCCGGGAUUUGUAGUCCAUCUGGGUAUCUUGCGGGAUGUGGCCGAGACACGCAAUUGAGCAGCGUAAUCAAUCAUCAGACCACAAUGCUUGCUAUCUUCAUGCGUGAACUUCUUUUCGAGUACAAUAUCUAUAAGGCCC